UUCCUCAUUAAAAUCUCACGAACUUUAUUUCUUUUUGAUUUAAACACAUAGUGUUAGAGAUAUAUAUAUAUAGAGAGAGAGAGAGAGAGAAGGAGAUUAGAGACUUUUAUGGCGAAUUUGAAGGCAAUUCUUGUAGUAGUUUCAGUAUUAUUGGCCUUCACAUGUAUACCAAUUUCGGAGUGCACUAAGAAACCAGUAAGUGGGGCCCGAAAAGAAGACGUUCCGUACAUCAAAUGCCAGGUCUGCGAGAAGGUCGCAGCUCAACUGUACCACCAAGUUCAGAAGAAACAAGCUGAGAUCGCACCCAAGAAGAUCUCGGAGUAUCAGAUAAUUGAGAUUGCGGAGAAUGUUUGUAAUCUGAAGAAGGCGGAAGCUGAUUGGAUUUUGCAGAUUGAUAUUGUUGAACAAGGUGAUAGAUUGGAGCUAGCGGAACAAGGCACAGAAGGACAAUGCAAUUCAGAAUGCAAGACUAUUGAGCGAGCUUGUCAGGAGGUCAUGGGAUAUUCUGAUACUGAUGUUGCUGAAUACCUAUAUAAAUCCCAACCCCAGAUUGACUCAUUGGUUAAUUAUCUCUGCAAAGACCUCACUAAAGCAUGCAGUACCAAGCCUCCGCUGGUUCCAAAGAAUAGGACUCCUGGAGAAGCUUUUGUGGCCAAGCCAGCUAAAGAGGCUGAAAUGGAGAAGAUAAUGAAAUCUAUGGAGGGUAUGCCAGGAGCUCCAGGUAUGAAAAUGUAUUCAAGGGAUGAUUUGAUGAACAUGAAGAAUUUUGGCGAUGAAGAUGCUGAUGACGACGACGAUGAAGAUGAAGAAACAAGUUUUCCUUCAAAAUUGGGGACAGUUUUGAGAGAGAAAGAAAGUUCUAAGGAUGAUUGGAAACAGAAGAUCACCAAAGGAAUCAGAAAGACUGGAGACACAUUGAAGAAGCACGCAGACAAAGUCUCGAAUCACGUAAGGCAGUGGUGGAGAAGAAUCAAAAAGACAAGUUCAAAGAAGAGCUCCAAGAAAGAGCUUUAGAACCACCCGGUUUACAAUUUGUGGUCAGUUAAGGUUAAUCACGUUUUCAAGUGACAUAUCAAUAUGGUUUUUGAGAGGAGGAAUUUGAAAAGGAAUCAAAUGCCAUCUUGUGAAUUUUGGCCAAUUUUUUUGUCAUAGAUGAGGGCUCUUUUAGUGUUAAUUUACGUGGCAAAAGUAAAUUGUUAUCACGGUGAAUUGGUGCAGUCGCAACUUGU